AGCGCCGGAAACAUUGUUGCCGAGAUCUCCAACGGAUCUAAAGGAAUUACGAACGAAUCGGUGUGGAUAGGUUUCAAAUUACAAUAUAAAAAUGAGAUUCAAACUUAAUUUUGCUGAACGGACGCAGUAGUCGUGCGUGAAAUUGGCGUCGAGAGAUCACGAAAAAUUCUUCAGUGUGAUGCACGUUCCUGCAUAGGCGAUCUUUGGUCGGGGAAGGUAAGUUUCCGAAGUUGUCCGGACAGGAGCGAAGUCUACUCGGGAUCCCACCGACAGACAGGAAGCGGCUGCUCCUGAGUCAAUCCGUCUACACACUGUCCUAAGCAAACUUCACUGGAUUUUAAAUCUUCCUCCAGCGACCAACAAGUGCCUUUUAUCGCCGGACUGUCGGAAGAAUUACCGGGAAAGCGAGGCUUAAGCUUCACUGUGGAGGCAAUGCCAACAAAGGUCCUCCUCCAGUGCUAAUUAACUAGCUGGUGGACGGCAAGAGGCGUCAUGGCCGAGCUGCCCAUCGCCCCAGGCCAGGUGUACAUCGAGGUGGAGUACGACUAUGAGUACAAGUCCAAGGAUCGCAUUAUCUCCAUCCACCAGGGCGAAUGCUUCAUGCUAGUGGAGAAGACCAAUGAAGACUGGUGGAAAGUGCGUAGAGAGGAGGGGACUAAAGCAAUUUAUGUACCCGCUCAAUAUGUUAGGGAGGCCCGCAAGGCCCUCAUGCCUCCUCCCAAACAGCGCCCACAUCACCCCGUUUCCACCGGCAACACCCUCCCUCAGAGCACUGUCAGGGUCAAACCAGCCAACUUGGAUCUGGAUAUCCAAAACUCCUCCACAGAGAACCUGAACAUGCCAGAGACCAGCCCUGCGUGGUUACCUUCUACUCAUUCCAACCCUGGACGCUCACAGUCUACUCAUUCCAACCCUGGACGCUCACCGUCUACUCAUUCCAAACCUGGACGCUCACCUUCUACUCAUUCCAACCCUGGACGCUCACCUUCUACUCAUUCCAAACCUGGACGCUCACCUUCUACUAAUUCUGUCUCGUUCAUGCCAUCCACCCCACCCAUCCAGCGGCGGGGCAGUAACCACCACCAGCAAGCCCCAAGCACCACCACAGCGCCCGAACGAGCCCUAGCGGGAAUCCUUGUCCAGCCUGGUGGCCAUUCACUUAUCCAGGGUGGUAACACUCCACCCCGGACCCGCGCCAGAUCUCCAGACCUGGUCCGAGCCCCGCUGGACGUGGACAGCCCUCACUGCGACUCGGCGGGAGAGGAACGCCGUACCAAUGACUCGGAGUCUGGAGAAGAACUCAGCAGCAGUUCUACUGAACAACUGCAGGCGAUUUCUUCGUCGGGCCGCAGCCGUCCCGAGUCGCCUGUCUACAGUAACCUGCAGGAGCUGAAGAUCACCCAGUCCACUAUGCCCCCGCUGCCCUCUGGCUCCCCCCUACAGGUGCUGGGUGACUGGGAGAUGUACAGAGACCAGCAUGGCAGACACUUUUACUACAACCGCUACACCCAAGAGAGGACCUGGAAGCCCCCACGGGCCAGGGAUGCCGGCAUGGGGAGCUCACGAGGAGAGAACACCAGCACGGGGGAGAGCACUGAGAGCACUCCUCUGUCGCUAUCGCCAUCUUUCUUUCCCUACCUGUCACUCUCCAUCGGCCGCCUGGAGCCUCUGUCGUCAGAGGACACCUGCUUCAGCGCCUACUCUAGCCAGUCAGACAGUCAGUAUGGCUCCCCGCCCCGCGGUUGGUCGGAGGAGAUGGAUGAGUACGGCCACACGCUGUACAUAAGCGACUAUACUAAUGAGAAGUGGUUAAAGCACGUUGAUGACCAAGGUCGCCCAUAUUACUACAACGCAGACGGUUCCAGGUCGGAGUGGGAGCUCCCAAAGUACAACCAUUCCCUGUCACAGCUACCAGGAGAUGCCCCAAAGACCCGUAGUCUAGACAGAAGACCAGUCGAGCCCAUCGUCUUGACCAACUGGAGACACAGCACCUACGUUCAAGAACCCAACGACAAGGACACACCUCUGAGCCCCAAGUCCCCCUCAUCCGACUCAGACUCCAGCUCUUCUUCUCCUAAGCGCCCAAACUCUCCCUCAGAGAAAUGCGGCGUGCUGAACAUGACAAAGAUUACAGAGAACGGCAAGAAAGUUCGGAAGAACUGGACUUCCUCUUGGACAGUUCUGCAAGGGUCCACCUUACUCUUUGCCAAAGGCCAGGGAGGCGGGACAAGCUGGUUUGGUGGUGGUCAGUCCAAACCAGAGUUGACAGUGGACCUGAAGGGCAGCUCUGUGGAAUGGGCCUCCAGAGACAAGUCCAGCAAGAAACACGUUAUCGAGCUGAAGACCCGUCAAGGCACGGAGCUGCUGAUUCAUUCUGAAAAUGACGUCAUUGUCAACGAGUGGUACCGAACACUGCGGGACACCGUCAGCAGCCCUGCGUGUGAGUCUGAUGAAGCCAUUGAAGAAGACAUGCCCGAGUCACCUGGUGCAGAGAAGCAUGACAGAGAAAAAGACAACAGAGACACCAUGAAAACCAGAGCCAUGAAGACGUCAGCCAGCGUCGAUAGCGCCGACAACAAGAAGACCAAACACAAGCUGAAGAAGUUUCUGACCCGCAGACCCACAAUGCAGGCUGUUAGAGACAAAGGCUAUAUUAAAGAUCAGGUGUUUGGCUGCAGCCUGCUCAGUCUCUGCCAGAGGGAGAACAGCACGGUUCCGACUUUUGUCAGGCUGUGCAUCGACAAUGUGGAGAACAAAAGCCUGUGCGUGGACGGCCUCUACAGAGUCAGCGGAAACCUAGCGCUGAUACAGAAGCUCCGCUAUGCUGUCAAUCACGAUGAGAAGGUGAACCUGGACGACAGCAAGUGGGAGGACAUCCACGUGACCACUGGAGCUUUAAAGAUGUUCUUCAGAGAGCUUCCUGAGCCGCUCUUCACUUACAGCCUUUUCCACGACUUUGUCAGCUCCAUCAAGCUCCCAGACUACAAGCAAAGGGUCCAUGCUAUCAAAGAACUGGUCCGACAGCUUCCCGAGCCUAAUCACGACACCAUGCAGGCCCUCUUCAAACACUUGAGAAAGGUGAUCGACCACGGCGAGGAGAACCGCAUGACCAACCAGAGCGUCGCUAUCGUGUUUGGACCCACACUGUUGAGGCCCGAGACGGAGACCUGGAACAUAGCGGUCCACAUGGUCUACCAGAACCAGAUAGUAGAGCUAAUUCUCUUGGAGUACGAGAACAUAUUUGGCAAGUAGAAGGCUUGGGCUUCUUCUCUUCCUAAGCGACACGUGGUCACCCGAGCCUCGCUCCUUUAGAACAUCUCGAGAACCAAAACCUAGCCGUUAAGAAGAGGAUUCUUUUCACGGUUUUGGUGUAUUCCUGUCCCCACACUGGAUUCUUAAAGGACCAAAAACCUGCUGAGACCAACAGAAAAGGUUCUGCACGUUCAUGAUGGUGUCACUUGCUACUGGACUUUAAUUUACCAAGAAGCGACUUGUUUAUUUAACUGUCAUCAUGUGUCUUUAUUUUAUUCUUGAAUCCCACACUACCGGAUUAUUAUGGGAUGCCUGCAACACUCCUCCUUUUUACCGAAAAGGUUUAGAGUGGUUGAGUGUUCUUUUCUGACUUAUUUGUACAGUUUAUGUAUGUGUGUGUGUGUAAUGGAGCUGAGUGGCUUCCAAAGUGAUACUGUACAGAGAUUAAAUAAGAGUACAUAACAGUUUUAAUGUUAAUAAUAAUAUGACAUGAAAGAUCCCUACGCACGGCCGUCAACGUUUUAGCUGUCAGGUCAACAUAUGAUUGCGUCAUCUUUAUUAAAUGCACACCACAAUGUGCUGCUGGCUUCAUCAAACUGGAUUAAAAAUAUCUAAUGACUCAUUUUAA